AUAAWUGAUCAAAUAAAUCUAGAGUUGUGSUCUGCCUUUUGCAAGCACGUUUAAUCAGAAUAUUGUAGCGUGUGUUCUGUAUCUUGUAGGCUAUGCUGGACAUACGGACCCUACAUUGACAGGCAUGACGAUGGCUGGCUUCCUCCUUUUGUUAUUCUGAGCAGAUCGUUGUCCCGCUCUGCAUCCCUCCUUGCUGUGGUGACGUGCUGUGCUUGGGAGCUGUCCCAGGAAUCAUGGCACUGAAACAGCAGCGUGAGCACAAAAUCAGCAGCCAAUGAUCACACAGACAGACACCUAGAAGGAAUGCAUGCACCUGACAUUAGGACAGUCCGAAAGCUGGGAUGAAAUAUAAUGUAUGGAWACACAUGCACCAUUCUGUUCUUUAAACAUGGACAUUCGGUGGUUACGAAAGCGACGGUGAUGUAUUGAACUAACUAACGACAACCAGGCUACUGGAAGCUUUGAACAGCCAACGACAGACAGAGUUUCGCUUUGUCUAGCCUCGGAUAGUUAUCUAUGAACAGAUAUCGGAUUAUCCUGACAGAUUUUUGUGGUACAUCGAUGAGAAACUCAUACAGAUAUUCURAAUGGUUAUCCACCAGACAUCAACCAUGAACCAAUGGGAUGAUCUCUAGGACCACUCUGGAAGAUACUGCGGGAUUAGACUAAUCUUUGGUGAUGAAAUUAUGAACGCCUGUUUGAACUAUUCAUUGAUGUUUUAGCCGAAACAAUAUCCACUGUCUUUCAGAUACUUGUUUGCGCCAAUGGAAUAUGUUAUUAAUGGGAAAGGUGCCAAGGCAGUUUGGACUUUUUGGGGGGUAACACUUCCCGUAAGUAGACAUUUUAUUCGAUGAUUUGUAGAGGAGCUUUUUAGCCUCAGUGUCAUCGCAUGGUGCWGCUAAUUCCUCAGUGAUGCUGCGUGGUCCAGAAAUGCUGAAGAGCCGRUGCUGCGUCCUAUUUGGUGACCUGAAGGUGCUGUUACUCCGGCCCCUGACUCCGGCAUUGAUCCCCACGACCGGACACAUACCGGACAGCCAUGGGGUCCCUUCAGACGUCAGUGUACCGGACGACAACACGUUAACGGCCCAUCAGGGGCCGGGGGACAUUUGGACUGCCCCGCCACCGGGGGGUGCCAGCGUGCCGGAGAGAGACAGACUGGCGGGUGGCUCAGGCUGGGUGGAUGCGGCAGCGGCAGAGCCMUCGGGGGUAUUACACUGCAGCAGCUCCUCUGAUAGCUGGGCUAAGGACAAGCUGGAACAGAGGUUCUCCAUGUGCAGUUAUAGUGAGAGCGGCAGCAUCAGGACACCUGUCUGCAGGAUCUGCUUCCAGGGACCUGAAACG